GUUUCCUCGCAAUCAUAAAAUUUAGUUAGUGAGUUAGUUAGACUCUUAGUCAGAGGAAAAGGAGUCAUGUACAAUCCCGGCUACCAAGUGGACGUCAUUGAUCCCUACUAUCCGCCACCUGUGGAGGUUAUCGAUUUCAUGCCACCACCGCCGCCACCCACCGUUGAGGUAAUAAUGCCGCCACCAGCCUAUGGUCAACCAACUGUGGUGAUUGAGCAACCCUAUGGCCAGCCCCCACCCCCAUCAGGACCGUCUCAGGGUGAGAUGGAAUGCUGUCUCAUGUUGGGCGCUUGUUGCGUCAUGGAAGAGUGCGGCCUGUGUGUCAUCUCGUGAAGUGCCUAAAAGGAGUUAACAGUGGUUAAUAAAUGUGCAAAUAGUUAGGCAAAAUCAGUUUAUUUACAAAUAAAUAGUCUAGGCUGUACGACAACUACAACAAUAUAAUUACUCAAACUAAUGAAAUUCAAUAAAUAAUACAAAAACACAAACGAAA